AUGUUUGGUUUGAAGUGUGCUCUAUCCAGGUCAUGCUUGGCCUCGAACAGCUCAUCUUCCCUUUGGAGAGCAGCGUCUAUUAGAAGAACGUACAUCCUGCCAAUGGCUAAGAAGCACAGCUCUACAAAGGAGGCACCUGCUGUGGAGAGCACAGAACCACAAGCAGUCGUGGGGAAACUAAAACCACCGAAGAGUCCGCUAAACGAGUACCAGGCUGCUUACCAGCGCAUCAUUUCGUACACGCUAAUCCCUGUCACCAUAAUCCCAUUCUAUACAGCGUACGCUGGGAUCGCAUUGUAUCCGACCCUCGAUUUUGCAAUUUCCAGUCUGUUCAUUGCAUAUUGUCACUACGGGUUCAAAAGCCUCAUACUGGAGUACUUACCUACCGCGAAAUUCCCAAGAACGCAUAGAUUCUCAACGUGGGGGUUGUACUUGGCGUCUCUCUUGAGUAUGUGUGGGGUGUAUCAACUUGAGACGGAAAACAACGGUGUCUUCGAUUUGAUAGCACGGUUGUGGAAUUACGAUGAACGAAAUCUGUACGUUUUCGGUAAAAACUAA